AAUAUUUUCAAGUUCUUUUCACAAAGAACUAUUAGUCUUUUGAUCCUCUGUAAUAUUUUUUUCUCUUCCUCUACGCUUUUCUUAAGCUACACUUUAUGAUUACUUGUUUUGUUUUUGUCUUUUCAUUAUUCCCUCAUGGAAUUAUUCCCCAUUCAGCUAAGCACACCUCUCACUCGUUUAUUUCCCCCUAACUAAAUCGUGUUUUAUUGGCUUGAUAUAUGCUAUCGGCGCUCCGUGGAUAUAUUGGAGCUGCUCAGCGGUGGAUCUAUCAGUCCGAUUCGAACACUUGCAUAAUCAAUCCCGUCCUCGGGCACUACUCGCUACGGUGGUUGUAGUGAUAGUGACCUAUAAACCACAGUCUCAUACACGACAUGGCGGACAAAUAUAUCAUCCGGGUAACAGCUGGAUCGGACUAUGAUCUGGAUCGUCAUAUUGUAGUCCCAGUCAACUCACACGAGCCAAUCAAAAUUAGCAGUGAUCUAAUAGACGCCGAGCUUAACGUUCGCGUGCAAAACUACCAUGGAUUGCCGAGAAAUUCGCCAAACACCUCACCAUACUUCUCCCAAGAGCCUCAUGCUACCAACAAAGAUCAGUACAGCAUAGCCAUUCGUUUCACACCAAAGAAGCCUGCUACAAACACCAAAUCUAAGGUGUCUUCUACCGAACCGUCCAGAUCGUCAUCGACAUCUAGGUCGUCGCAGGAUCCCUUAUCUUCUGGGUCAUCAUCAACCGAACCUACCGAGGAGUCUUCUGAUGAAGAAUCAGCAUCCGGAAUCUCGGGAGAAGAUCUACAAUUUGGCAAUGAUUUUGACCAUCCCAUUCGUGAUCGCCUUCCACCCGGCUUUAGCUAUGCCAUGAAUAUCGUGAAGUGGUGGAUUGAUCCUGGUCUCGAAGGGGAUGCAUAUGCCGAUCAGCCAUAUCUAUAUGGAUCCGCUCUAUCAUCCUUCAAUGCCAUCCAUGUGGGGCCAGGAGAAGUUAAUCCGGAAAAGGGGGGGCUGUGGUUUGAGGAAGGCGGCGACGAAGACGGAUUGAAAGGACGACAAGACGUCGGUGCCCCAGGGACAGCGAAGGACCGAAUGAAAUGGGCGCUAAAACCUUUCAAUAAAAGUAGAUGGGUUUUCCAGUAUGGAAAUACCUACUGUCUCGAUUUCUUCAAUCCGUACCUGGACUUCAACGAGUUCAGUUUGCGUUUGCCAGGAUUUACCUUGCCGAUCAUGAAAUACUGGGAUGGCCAGAGCUUGAGGUCCAGCCCGAAGCGCUCACACACCCUUAGGUACGUGCUACGAAAUCGUUCGACCGAUCAAUCGUACCUAGUCAUCGUUUUCACGCUAUAUCUUAAGGAAGACGUGAACGAAGAUGGCUCGCUCAAGCCAGCCGCCAUUGAAGCAACCAACAAAGGUAAGGCGAUGACCGAGGAAUCAGUAAAUGUCGUGGAGGAGGCUGGCGAGGUAUGCAAGGACGAGGAUUACCGGGAAUCCCGAAAACAAUUCGAAAAGCUCGAUGUUAACGAGAGAAUUAGAAAACCAGCAGCCCAGGACGAUGCCGUGGACUAGAGAGUGAGUGAACAUCAAGGAAUCUAUGGAUACAUUGAUUGCUUGGCAAGGCAGACUAGGGAAAGUAUUGAAUUAUUAGAAUACCUACCUAGGAUAUAUAAUUCUACUCGAAAUACUUAG